AUGCUCGCUUCCGCUGGAAAAUUAAAUAGAGAUGAUGUUCAAUUUUCUAAACCUUUAUCUCUUGAUUUCAUCCAUAAUCUUGAAUCCUUAGAAGACGACCUUAUCCUUAUUCCGUCAGCAAUCAUGGAAAAGGGAAACAUUCCUUUCGAACGAACUUUAUACGGUUAUUUUCUGGGAGAUAGACUAGCUUUUCCUUUUGUAAAGGAUCGAUUUCUAGAAUUAUGGAAGGAACAUGGGCUUUGCGACGUCUUUAUUAAUGACGAUGAUGUGUUCUUUUUUAAUUUCGACAAUGAUGUGGGUAUGAACUAUGUACUUCAAAAGGGUAUUUGGAAGAUCAAAGAUGGACUAAGUCUUAUUGGUAGAAAACUUGGAAAUCCUUUGGAGGUUGACUCUUACACCUCCACCAUGUGUGAGCGGGCUACGGGUCGAGCGAUUUAUGCUCGUAUUCUCAUUGAGAUGUCAGUGAAUGAUUAUUUGGCUAAAGAUAUAAAAAUCAAAGCUUUCACGGCUAAAGGUGCUACUUGCUCUACCCAAAGAGUGGAGUAUUCUUGGCUCCCCAAGAGAUGCACCCAUUGCAAAAUUUUUGGUCAUGAUCAUGCUAAUUGUCCGGCUUGUGUGACUAGCAACUCCGGCCCCGAUCACACGGCUAACACUCCCAUCCAAAAGACGACCAUGCCUAUUCCGAAAGAAGUUGACAUUGAAUGUUUUCACACGGUUAAAAGGAGAACUAGAGCUUCUCAUUUCCCUAAAAAGAAGGUUCAAGUUGACAACCAUAAAUGCAAAGGGCUCGCUUUAAAGAUCGCUCAAGUCUACAAGCCUAUCGUUCGUGAUCCGAGGAAGAAGAAUGUGUCGACCAAAAUCUUCGAUGCCCUUUCACAUCAAAGAGUUGACGAAAAUGUAGACGAUCCUAGUAUCCCCCUGUCAUCCUCUCCAGAGACUCCAUCCUAG